AUGGUGAGACAUACACAGACGAGGAGGAUGGAGUGUCCCAAAGCUGAUUAAUGUUCCUGUGUGUGUCAGGCAUCUACGUUUGCGGCAAUCGAGCAGACACAGACCGCGCAAUACCAGUAUCAUGCGCUGACAAAGCGCAUGACAGCGGUAUGUCAUGAGAGGGUCUGUCCGCUCAUGUAUGAAUGCAGGCUGCUGCGCAUUCGCGUCUUGAACGAAUUUCUCACUAUGCCAAUGCACGAACGAUUUCCGCCACCAUUCAACCUCAUCGGUCGGUGCCCUCAAACUCCGGCAUGAGAGAUGCAUUGUGCGUCCAUCAUGUGUGGGCAUCUGUGUCUGCAGCUGUGACUGUGUCGGUGCCCUUGCGGUAUCUCGCCUCCUUCAUAAGCGAAGAGCGGCGACAGCAGUCGGCACUCUAUCGCAUUGCCUUCUGGUUGAUCAAGGCUCUGUACACUACCAUCGACGCCAUCCUGUACGCCAUCGCCUUCACGCCCGCACAAAUUUAUACUCAACUGGAGAGGAUUCCAUCAUACAUACAGCAAGGGCGCUACUGCUGGGCACUCCAAGCGGUGUGUUCCGUCUUCUUGAUGCCCCUGCCUCUUCUGUACCAAUUACUGGCACCUUCCUCACUCACAGUGAGUGAGGAAAGCAGAUCGAUCCGUCAUUUUCCACUUCUGUCGUGCGCUGCCACAGGAGUUUUCUGGGCCCAUAGGGGGAUUGAGAGCCAAGUGGGAUGAAAUGACUGACGAUGAGAAAGCUGAAAUGAGACGAUUUGCACGGUAUGGACCCACCGAGGAAUGGUAUGCCCAAAUGAGGCGCUACGAGUACAACAAUAUCAAAGGCAGCAUCGACAAGUCGAUUGCGGCCGCAGAUCACCACGACUCCAACUUCCCUGACGUCAUGACAGGUGAACCACACACAGCUACAUCGACAGUAGCAGGCAGUCGAGCAGGAGGAGCAAGUUGUGUCUCUUUUGAUGCCCUAAAGCGCUGAACAUCUUCCAAGAGUACGUCAAAGAUGAGGUCCAGCCAGGUGAGAAAGACAAUCUAACUACCCAGGCUUUCUGCAUUUGUUUUCAUUUCCAGUCUUGCAAGACGUGCAAACACGAAUGACGGACAUGGAGACGCACAUCAAGACAAAGAUGGGAAUCAGGCUGACGAGGAUGGAGAGGAAUAUGGAGCGAUUGAUAACGAUGAAGACGGAGAUGGAGACAGACAUCAAGGUCAUCAAGGCAAAGCUCGAGGAGAAAAUGGGAUAGGAGUGGGACACCGACUGUAUGCUCGAUGGACAUGAUAAGAUGGUCACCGCACACAUACCGACGGCUAAUACCAUCUUAGCCACCCGGUCUGAAUACUAACUUGCCCGUUCACACUGGCAUCAACUAUCUAAAGCAGUUGCACGUUCACAUUGGC